CCUCUCAAUGCAGUGGUGGUGAGGCACCCGCUGGCCAGGCUCGCCUCUGCUUACAGAGACAAAUUCCUGAACGGCAAAGCAAUCCUCGAGUAUGACGAUGAAUGGCGAAACGUCACGCAGAGUUUAGAAAGUUGGGAAACACGUUUCAACAAAUACUGGCUGCCUGCACUCGUCUCUCAGGGAUUUCUGCCUCGAACUCAAGAGUUCAACGAAACACUGCACAAAAUCAUUAGAACAUACCAGGCAUAUGUAAACAACUAUGUAAGCAAGUCUGGUGCUCUCUUGGCCAACCCUUCACAAGAGGAAAAUCAGUUUUACGGUGUAAAAGAAAUGGACAUUGCCUACCUCAUGAUGCUGUAUGGACCUUGCAUGGGUCUCUCCAAGAUAUUAAAAAAUGCCUAUAACUCCAGCGACCUUAUACAACGAUUCAGGAACAUAUCGUUCACUUUCAACCAAUUUCUGCAUCACGUGGUCUGGACCCAUGACAUGGGAAUGCCCGAUGAACACUGGAUGACCUACACGGAGAUGUGGGAGCCUUGUCGAAUAAAGUUCGACUACAUCCUUAAGUUAGAGACUAUUAAGGAGGAGAUGGAACAUUUGUUCUGCAGGGUGUUGGGCUUCCAGGAGGUCAGCUUUCCGGUGAAGCACCGCAGCUACGGCCACGACCUCGGCCUCUCUGACCAGGAGUACUACGCGACCGUGAGCAGGGAGCUGAUGGACCGACUGCUGUUUAUUUACAGGCACGAUUUCGCUAUCUUCGGGUACAGUCAAGACCAGUAGUGCACGAUAAGGAGGAAGAAAGAGUUUGUUAUUUGGACCUUCUGGCAGGAACGGAGCAGCGCUCUUUUUUCAGUACCGGAAGCACCUUAAGGAAAA